AUGAAUAUGUCAAUAGGUAUUCCAUCUCAUGAAGAAAUUAAACAAAGACUUUUUGAAAAAAGGAAACAAAUGAGAUUAUUAGAUAAAGCUAUUAGAAUGAAUAUUGAUGAAUCAUUUAAAUCAAUAUUGACAAAUAAAUAUAUUAGAAAAAGAAUCAUUCAAUAUGUACAAACAAUCAACAAGUUGUAUAAUCAUGGAAUAUCAAUACCCUACAAUACAGUAGAUACAUUUGAAUGGUUGGUAGACCAAUACUUUAAUAAGAAAGCAAGUGCAUCGUUGUUGGUAUACAAGAUUCAAAAGAAUAUAGGGCAUAUUCGAUUACCAACCUUUGUAGGCUUUCAAAUGAUGGUUAAUCUUGACCUAUGUCUAUACAAACAGAUAUACCUACACUUUCAAGAUAGACUGUUGGAAUACCCUUAUCUGAUGGAUUCAGCUGCCAAUAAAGGUCGAUCAGAUAUAGUGGACUUUCUAAUCGACAAACGUGCACCGUUUACAAGUCAUGCUAUCGAGAAUGCAUGUUGUAAUGGGUAUAUUGGUAUUGCUGAUAAAUUGUUAAAUUGUGAUUAUAUCAAACCAGAGUGGAUGCCAUCAACUCGUGGAUACGAUGGUGCUGCGCAGAACGGUCAUUUGGAUGUACUCAAAUACUUGGAUCACUCGAGUCGUAUUGUACAACCCAUCGAGACAACCACUCAAUGCAUUGAUCAAGCAUGCAAGAACAAUAGAGAAGAUGUGGUACGAUACUUGAUGGAGACUCGGACAGAGGGUUUCACAAGACAUGCUAUCAUUCGAACGGUCGAGUGUGGCAAUCUGCCAUUGUACCAUCAUCUACGUCAGAAUAUGGCGUCACUGUCCCACAACCACUUUGACUCAAGUGAGAUUCUCGGUGCUGUUAUCAUAGCAGCCGAGAAUGGACACGUAGAGAUGGUCAAACAUAUGUUUGGUACGAUCGUUCAACAAAAGGAUCUCGAGUACCCCAUCGACACACACAAGCUUAGACAGGCGGUAGUACGUGCUAGUCCCGACCCACGAAUACUACUCGAAUACAUGAUCAAGAAUGGGGUAUUGACCGAAUACUCAUUGGUAGAAGACGAUGAUCUUAUUGCAGUUGCCUCCAAAUACUGUGGAUUGGGUAUGGUCAAAUACCUUGUCAAUAUCAAUAGAAACCGUCGUAUUCGUCAAAACAUACUGAUUCAAGUGUGUGACCAACAACCAUGUGCACUCGACGUCAUCGAAUAUUUGUUUCAAGAGUGUCAAGAGCCACGUCGUAAUCCAGAGAAUAGCUAUCGCACCGUGAUAAUGAGUGUCAUUCGAUAUGACAAUAUUGAAUUGUUUCAAUUGAUGCAGAGGUAUCCACCGAUGCUUGACGUUGCCACCAAUGUGACAGAUGACUAUACGAUGCAGACAGCAAUCAGUGGCAAAUACCGUAUUGUCGAGCUCUUGCUAGACCACUUUAAAAACGAUGAAAUCAGAUUCAACGCGAUUGUCAGCAAGAUGGCAUACUCACCCGUCACAGAGUUGGCCAAGAGGAUGGUCACUGAUCAUCGACUCAAACCAAGCUUGAUAGCGUUGCGUACAGCUGUCAUCAAAAAUAAUACUGAACUGCUUCAGUUUUACAUUGACACGAUGCAGAACAACCCCGAGUCCCAUGAAAAGAUCGACAACUAUAUAGUCUCAACACUGCUCUGUGAUGCAGCUGAGAGAGAUCGUGUGGCGGUGGUCAAGCUUUUACACGAAAAGUUUGGUAUACGCCAAUUGAAACCCGUCGCCUUGGACGGUAUUGCGUAUCGCGGACGUGUCGAUCUCAUGGACUUUUUGUUGAGUAACACCAAACAAGACGCUGUCAAGGUGACAUCGUCCACCCUCUUGGAGGCGGUGAAGAGUAGCCGGUUGGAUAUGUUCUUCCAAAAUGCAAAGGGUCGGUCGACAGUACCAAAGAACUAUUUCGGAGGAGCUGCCUCUCAAGGCAACCUAGGUAUUAUCAGACAACUCCAACACCUUGUUCCCGACAUUCAAGAAUAUGACAGCUUUUUAAUCACAUCGUUGUUGGUGGCCAAAACCGAUGUACCAAUGCUCACCCUCUUCCAAAAUAAUAUAAACUAUACCGAUGUCUUGAGACAAUGUUGUAAACACGAGAACCUAACAUUCCUCAAAACCUAUCUCCUCGACAAACCAGAAUUCAAUCACAGAGCAAUCCUACUCGAAGCCAUCCAGACAAAAAACCUCGAUAUCGUUAAAACCAUCGUUGCAGCAGUUCCACCUAGAUCCAUUCUUGCAGUUCAUGAACAAAGAUCAAAAUGGGAAACUCCAACAAUUGAAAAAUACCUCUCAUUACAUAAAAGUGCUAAAUAA